AUGCACGCAAAGUCGACGAUAUCGACAAAGGUAGCUUCCUCGACGACAUUGGAUUUUGGGAGGAUGGAUACGGACAUUGAAAGGCGUCAAUGGUGUGUGCGAGCCGAGUUGACGUCCGGAAGCGAAAGCCUGAACUCGACAGGCAUUAGCGGCUGUCAACCAGGAGCCAAAUCAAAUCGCCUCCCUCGCAACCUGGAUAUGUUCGGGGUCGUAUUCUCUUUGGCACUACCGCGUGAUAACUUUGCGCAAAAUCUGGUGACAUCCGCGGGUGGCCCCGUCGACCAGCAAGCUGGUGUGCACUCGUGCUUAUUCUUCUGGUCACCUGUGAUUACAGCCAAAGAAGACUACAUUACUGAUGACCAAUUAACAAAGGGCCAUGUGAGCCAAUCAGCAACAAGGGACUAUGCACCUCAUUACCCCUAUUGUCAUUGUUGCACGCCGCUUUGGACCGCCAUAUGCGUUUGGAUUCGACCAUUUGCUUGUUCGUAUGGCUUUACCCUUGUAUGGCACUGCCCGUUGUCGUUGCAUAUUGUCCGGCGGUUCUAUAGUAGACUUCGGCUGCGGAGGAUAUAUAUGCCCCCAGACGAGCCGACUCGAUCCCUCACCACUCGAAUCUCUCCGCCCUCUACCGGCUCUAGCAGCUCUACUUUCUGUUUUCUCCCUUUCUGUCUGUCUUUGAGACUUGACGUCUCUUCCCGCCCGGUGCGCCACUCAUUCGACAUCAACUUACGCUUCGACAGCGUCCAACUAUCGUUAUUUUUUGCACACUUGAAUUUUUUGUUCGCUUUUUUGAAAAUGGCCCGAUUCACUGCUUUUGCUGCCCUCCUCGCCGUUUCCGCAUCGGCUCUUCCUCUUCACAAGCGUAUUGCCCAAACAACCAUUGAUGCUGUCAAGCCAUGGGAAGCGGCUUGCAACCAGGCUGGAGGUGGAGCUCAAUGCAACAACAUUGCCGUGACCGCUGCUGGAACUCUUCUAGCUGCUCCGCCUGCGUGUGCCCAACAGGACUCGGCGGAUGCGAUGAUUACGCUCGCCAAGUCCCUCGACAAUGACGCUGAGAUGAUUCGACUAGCGCAGAUCUUCAGGCAACAGCCGAGGAACUCACCGGAUUCGCUGGCAUCACUCUACUGCCAGACAGCGCCUAAAAAUAAAGAACUUGAAGGCCUAUUCCAGUGUCAAUUUGCUGGAGUUAAGCAGGAUACCUUCACUGGAAAUAUCAAGGCUGGCGCUGCCGGAACUAUUCCUCUUGGUGGUAAUGCGCCAAACCCGGCAGGCUCUUGCCCUGCUAACCCUGAUGGGCCCGUCGAUGAUGGACAGCAGCUCAACAAGCUUGUUCAAAGUCCCGGGUCUGGUAACACCGGCAAUAACGGUGGUGGUAAUGGUAAUGGUAGCAACGCUGACCCUGAGAGUGGAAAUGGAAAUGGGGACGGAUCUAGCACCGUCACUGUCACCCGCACUCAAAUUACCACCAUCACCGUCACCGAGGGGAGCCCAGCUCCUACUGGUGGUACUUCCAUAACCGAUGCAUUCACCCCGGUUGUAACUGCCGAUGCCGCCAAACCCUUCUUAUUGCAAAACGGCAAAGACGCCCAGGAGCUCAACCGAUCUUUCGAAACCUUGACCGCUUCUUCAAGCUGCAAUGACGGUGAACAGGCUUGUGUUGAGGGCGGGUUCGCUCAAUGCGUUGGCGGAUCUUUCCAGAUUACCUCUUGCUCCGGAGGUCUGCAAUGCUUCGCGCUUCCCCUUGUUAACAAGGCAGGCACGAGCAUCACCUGCGACACCGAGGCUGAUGCGGCUGCGCGGAUCGCUGCUACGGGCGCCACUGGAGGUGUCCGAGGAUAG